UUAACUGUAAGCUCUUAUUAAACUAUUGUUAAAUGUGCUCUAAUUUUGUGGAUUGACAACCUUCACAUUGGUUACGUAAAUUACGUCAUAGAUUUGCCGCGCACGCCGUGGGUAACAAACAUGACGCCCCGAGCGGCAACAAAUUGAUUCAAUACUCUCGCGUAACGUCUCCGGUAUAUAUUGAGCUAAUGACUAUGUUAAUUCAUCAGUUCCACCACGGAAGUCUUAGAAGAAACAACAACAUGCUAGCUAAAAUCUUGUUCCUCAGUUUUGUGGGUUUGGUGUUGAGUGAAGGGCAUGGAUACAAUUUUGGAGCCCACCAUGACUUAGCCAACGAAUAUAAACACCAAUAUGCUCACCACCCCAUAAGGGUUUAUGAUGAGCAUGAGGCUUCACAUGAAACUCAGUAUGCUGCUGCUCCCGAAGGGCAUGGCCAUGGAGGUCAUGCGUACUCCUCUCAGAGUAUCGUCCACCACGCCGCACUUGCUAGUCAUGACCAACCUCAGGAGUCUCACAAUGAACACGUUGCCCCUGUAUAUCAGUAUGUGCAAGAAGAUGAAGCACCAGCCCACCACGCGCCAUCCCACCAAGCAGCACAGCACGAAGCACAGGCUCAUCACGAACCAGCCAAACAUUACCAGGCUGUUCAUUUCCAGCCCGCACCCGUGCAUCAGCAGGAGUCUCAUGAGUCUGAGCAGGAGCAAGCUCAGCCCCAGUACGCCCACGGUCACGAAGGCCUAAGCUACUACCACCACAGUGCUCAGCCCCAAGGUCUUGGAUUCCACCAGGGUGUUAAACUGCACGCUUCUCAUCAAGCCGCUCCCGUGCAUCAUGCUGCUCCAGUGCACUACGCUCCCGUGCACCACGCUGCUCCCGUUCAUCAUGCCGCCCCCGUCCAUCACGAAGCACCUGCCCAUCAUGAAGCACCUGCUCACCAUGCCGAUGUCCACUCGCAUGAUUCUCACGAUGAGCCCAUCGACUAUUACGCUUAUCCCAAGUACCAGUACGAGUACAAAGUGGAGGACCCUCACACCGGAGACAACAAAUUCCAGCACGAGGUCCGUGAUGGAGACGUCGUGAAGGGAGUGUACAGUCUUCAUGAAGCCGAUGGAUCAGUCAGGACUGUUGAGUACAGUUCCGACAAACACAACGGUUUCAACGCCGUAGUGAAGCACUCCGCCCCUGGUCAUCACGUGCAGAUCGAGAGCCAUCACCACAACUAG